AUGGAUAUAUUGAUACCUCUAGCCUCGAUUUUAGGGUUAUUAAUCCUUCAUGUGGAUGGUCGUUCAUCUUGUGUGCGUAUCGCCCAAAAUAGUACAUGUCAACAGUUUUAUUAUCAUUUCGAUAAGGAAGGUAGCAUAUCUAAAAACCAAAGUAACAUUUUCAACGUUACUGCAAAACUGCGAAACUCCAAACGAGAAUUUUUCGAUGCAUUUUUCUGUGUUGUGUUUUAUCCGCCUUGUGGUGCCAGUGUUGACUACCUGCUUCCAAACGUCAGAAAACAAAAUGUGGUGCCAUGUCAGGAAUUCUGUACAGCCACCUGGAAACUGUGGCGUCGGAUGUUUAUAAAGAAGAAGAUUCCAAAAGGGUCGAUCUGGCCGUGGGGACUCAGGUGCGAGAGCUUUCCGAGGAAAAACUGUAUCAAGCGUUCAGAUCACGGCAUAUGGAGAUACGUCCACAAACAUUCCCAAAACGACAAUGUGAUUCCGAUUUUGAGGGACGACGAUGAUGAAAUUGAUGACAUACCACCACGGUCGACAUCCCAAACCAUUCAUCCUCGUCGGUAUGACGUUAUAGACCAAGGUGACAGCAAGUUGUUCCGGGGUUGGGCCGACAUUCAAGGAACUGGUGCCGCGAAUGAUUACUGCAGAGUUAUAGGCAAACGGAAGAAACAGUUUUUGUCUUGUGCGUUGGCUGGCAGUAUUGGACAGGAUCACAUGUAUGUGUCAAAGAUGGGAUUCGAUGCUGGACUAAAGGACACGUGGUACAUGCGUGACGCAGACAAUGAUGGGAGGGAUGAUUACUGCCGGUGCGUGGGAAACAGUACCUCCUCCAGGAUAUCUUGUAUGAAGGCGGAAAGCGAAGGUUUCCGGAGCAGUCCAUUAGUGGGCGGAAGUCAAUAUUCAUUUGAUUUGAUAGGUUCCGAUGGAUGUUUCGGACAGGAAGUGAACCCUUUUACAGGCUUAUAAAACAAUGUCCAGUGUGAUUUUAAGAAUUAGUCGUUGUUAUGUGCUGUAUUUCUGGAUCAGUGCGCGACGAAUGACAGAACUGUUGAGUAUAUUUAUGACUGACUGAUUAUAAAAAUCAAAACAUAGAUCAUAUAUUAUCUUAUACUGUUAAGGCUAUUAAUUUCGAUGGUCCAAAUUUCCGCAGUUUGUGAAACAUUUUAAUUUUCGCGAAAGUCAUGAAACGGAAACUGGCUUAAAAUACUUAUAAAAUUCACUUAAUUUCAAGGUAUCGUAUUUUCGAU